UUCAUCUUCUCAUAGUUGGUUGUUAGCUAUCAAAAACUGUAUAGAAAACAAGAUAAACUAUUUAGUUUUUGAAGGCUAAAAAACUACGAAAAAUUAUAAUAAUGGAAGUUCAGAACAACAAGAAAGCCUCAACUGCAGCGAUACCGGAUUUAGUGCAACACAUUGGAAAUCCACCGGCUUAUGAAUCACGACAUCUGGCUGCGAGAAAUGUCCAACAGCCGGGUUGUUGUGGGUGCAAACCGGACCAGCGAAACCUAAUCGUAUCUUCAAUGCUGGGCUUUGCCACUCUCACUAGCAUAGUCGUGGCCAUUUAUCUUCUCAUGAAUCAUCGCAAUGAACACGCACCUUCUGCAGGGGAUUAUUCGAGGUCUGAAUAUGCGCGAGAAGACGCCGAUAAUUAUGGCGCCAAUGAAUAUGCAUACGAUCACGCAGGUGGCAACGUCUGUCAUAUGCAUUAGAUUGAUGUCCUGUCAUAAGAUCGACAACAAUUUUCUCAUUCUUAUCUAUCCGUGCAAACUGGAGACCUAAGUUUGGCUUUUUUCCAC